AUAAAAGGAAAAAGAGGGAAAACAAAAAGUAGUAGAUUUGCGUGCUGACCUCCCCCCAACUUUCGUCUUUUGUAUUUUCUUCGCUGGGUUCGGAAACCCUUCGUAUUUUUGACAGCUACAUAACUACAUGAACUAUUUCUCCAUGCUGUGACAAUGGGUAAAAGACGUGCUCUAAACAAACCAGCAAUGGCAAGACGCGAUCCUAGCAACGACCACGACAACAGUGACGGCAAUUUCGAAAAGCGUGUCACCGAGCUUCUAGAAGAACCAUUCUGUUCUGAUUUAAUACAAGUUAUGAUAGAUAGCCUUCUUCAAGUGGCAAGGCAUAGCACCCUUUCGAUACAUGAAAAGGCAGCAGAGUGGCGAAAGCAAUGGAUGACUCAAUAUGGUGAGCAGCUGCCUGUCAGUCUGGAUCAAGCUUUCGAAUUGUGCAACCUCGCAUCAACGAAGAGUAGUGAAAGUGAAAAAACGAUGCUCAACCGUGGUGACAGGAAGGUUGGUGAAGAUAUCCGUAUGUCGUUACCGAUUCCUUCGGGUUGCUUUGGUGAAGACAUGUGCGAGACCAUGGUACCGAUUCCCUUGCCAACCACAGCAGCCGUCAUGGGAUCGUCGUCGUCAUGGUAUCCACCCUUGGCAACGUGCGAAGAUCCGAUGAGCGAAGAGGACGAGAAUGCUGGCGAAUAUGCUGAUGAUGCAUACGAUAGUGAAGACAGUGAUGAUGAUGGACCAAUUAAUAUGUAAUUCGAAAUUUACAUACUCACAAGGCCAAAGUAGCAAUAAUAAAAAGAGUAGUUAC